AUGGAGAGCCCAGGGGCGAGCGACUGCAAACAUAGUUUGGGGCGGUCCCCGAAGUCACAACCAUCUUGGGGUAGCACGAAAAGACGGAUGGUGGGCCUCUCAGUCGAAUUAGCCAAUGAACAAAGGGCUGGUUUCGUUCCCAAGACUGAACAACAGAAAAGGAGGGGGUGGGGGUCGACUUUAGGCUUUUGGCUAUGGGUCAAAGUCUGGCGUAAAGUUGGUAGGACGGGCUGCUUUGACUUCCGAACCACGUUUGGAUCGGCCCCUUUCUUGGGAUAUAUCUGGUACUACGUUACCAUUACUAUCCACCCAUUUGUUACACUCAUCACAGCGACAAUUAGAGUAACAAUCAGAGUAUCCGCAUCCGCAUCCUCCACAGAGACAAGAGUCCAUAUCCUCACAUUCACAGUCGGGAGAACCACAACAGUAACAAUGUUCGUAAGCGUCAUCUUCUUGACAUUCUUCGCUACAAUACCACGCCAUUUCGUCGUCGACGUUGUCCCAAAGGAUCCACCACUUGCAAAAGACUUCCCGCUCACAUCUCCCACAAUCAGUCAGAAUACCUCUUCCUCUCUUUUUGAAUCCCCAGUCGUUAAUGCUCGAAAACAUCUUUUCGCAGAGACUGUUUCUAUAGAGAUUAGUUGGCGCGCCGAUACAAGGAAUUUUUAG